AUGACUAAGUCGUCGCGUCGGGAGUAUGGUCUCUUCCUCCCGGAGGAGGACCAUCAUGUCCGCGGCGCAAGUCUGAUACUCAUCAGUCUGCUGCAGUUCACGACUGCUUCCUCUUAUUUUCUGGACCGAUCAGAGACGCCAGGCGAACAAGCUGCAAAUAUGGUGGUCAACAAGGCGAUGGUCUUCAGACAAAUCCCUGAGGGGCUCCCCGUGGGAGGUAAGGACUUGACAAUUGAAACCGUUGUCGACUACGAUGCAAGCUCCCCUGCCCCGGUGGGGGGAGUACUGUUACAAGCAGAAUAUGCAAGUUUCGAUCCUUAUAUGAAGGGACGUAUGCGCCCGGCGCACAUCAAGUCCAACGCGACGGCCUUUGGGCUGAACAAGCCGCUGUUCAACCAAUGCAUUGCGAGGGUCCUCAAGUCGAACCACCCCAAGUACCAGCCCGGGGAUCAGAUCAUAGGGGAACUCCCGAUCCAACAAUACGUGUCGGUGAGCGGUGCAGACCUCGACAAGAUCCAACACCUCGAGAAUCCUCUGGGACUGGAGGACGUCCGCGUGUUUCUAGGGGCCCUCGGCAUGUCGGGACUGACGGCAUACUCGUCGUUUUACGAGAUCGGACAGCCCCAAAAGGGCGAGACGAUCUUCAUCUCCGCCGCCAGCGGCUCCGUGGGCAGCAUGGUCGGCCAGCUCGCCAAGCGCGAGGGGCUGAGGGUGAUUGGCAGCGUGGGAUCGGAGGAGAAGCUCGAUUUCAUCAUCCGCGAGCUCGGGUUCGACGCCGGGUUCAACUACAAGAACGAGAGGCCCGCCGACGCGCUGAAGCGACUGGCGCCUGACGGCAUCGACAUCGACUACGAGAACGUGGGCGGCGAGCAUCUCGAGGCCGCGCUGGGCGCGAUGAAGGAGCACGGGCGCGUCAUCGUCUGCGGCCUGAUCUCCGAGUACAACGCGACUCCCGGCCAACGGUAUCCCCUGUACAACUACGGCCUCAUCCUGCGGCGGCGACUCACGGUCCGCGGGUUCGUCGUCUUCGACCACGGCUUCGGCGACAAGUACCACGCGGAGCACCAGGCCAAGGUGCAGCGGUGGAUCAAGGACGGGACAUUCAAGGUGGUGACGUGGGAGUGCGAGGGCAUUGACAAUGCCAUUGACGGGCUGCUGGCGCUGUUCUCGGGGCGGAACUUUGGCAAAGCGGUGCUGAAAUUCUGA